CCGAGUUGCCGCAGCGCCACCGCCGCUUGUAAACAGAUCCUGCCCCACGUGACGCGCGUGAAGUACCUGAGCGGGGGCACCGGGCAUUGUCCGCCGCGGCGGCGGGUCGGUGACCAGAGGCGGCGGCGGGUUCCUCGGUGGCGGGCUCCGAGCAGAGAGGAGGUGAUUCCUCUCCGUCCUCCCUCCCCACCCCCAGCCUCCCUCGCCGCUCCGGUGGGGAUCCAGCGCAUCCUGCCCCCACAGCGCCCUCCCCGUCCCCCCCGCCGCUAAGAUGGCUGGUGGUGGGCAGUGAGGCGGCGGGCGGGGCUGCGGGGAGCCGUCGCCGGCCGGCGCGCCCCGGGGCGGCUGACGGGACGGGAGCGGGGAGGGUGGGGGGUGUGUGUGGGAAGCCGCGCGGCGCCAUGUCCGCCUUCGCCCUGGAGGAAACGCUGGAGGCCGACUGGGUGGCCGUCAGGCCUCACGCCUUCCAGGAGCGGGAGAAGCACAAGUUCGUCUUCAUUGUGGCCUGGAACGAGAUCGAGGGCAAGUUCGCCAUCACCUGCCACAACCGCACGGCGCAGCGCCAGCGCAGCGGCUCCCGCGAGCUGCGCCGCGGCGGCCCCGCCGGCCCCGAGGCCAGAGCCGCCCCCAAGGCCGGCAGCCCCGCGGCGCGCCGGGACGCCGGCCCGCCGCGGGGCCCCUCGCGUCCCCGCGCCGAGGCGCGGCUGCGGGGCUGCGAGCGGGGCGCGGCGGCCGAGGCGCUGCCGAAGAGCCCGCUGCGCGCCAGGAGCGGCCCGGCCCGGAGGCCGCAGCGGGGCCCGGAGGCGGCAGGUGCCGCCGAAGAGAUAGAAGUGCUGGAGCUGGGGAAGGAGGAGGCGGCCGCCGCGCUGUCGCCGCCGCCCUCGCCGCUGCAGGCAGCCGAGCCGGCCGCUCCCGACGCGGAGCCCGCGGGGGAAGAGUGCAGCUGGGCCGGGCUCUUCUCCUUCCAAGACUUGCGGGCUGUGCACCAGCAGCUGUGCUCGGUGAACUCGGAGCUGGAGCCCUACCUGCCUGCCUUCCCCGAGGAGCCCUCGGGCAUGUGGACGGUGCUGUUCGGAGCCCCGGAGCUAUCCGAGCAGGAGAUGGACGCUCUCUGCUACAAACUGCAAGUUUACUUGGUCCACAGCUUGGAUACCUGCGGCUGGAAGAUCCUUUCGCAGGUGCUCUUCACCGAGACUGACGACCCCGAAGAGUAUUACGAGAGCCUGAGUGAGCUGCGACAGAAGGGGUACGAGGAGGUGCUGCAGCGGGCCCGCAGGCGAAUCCAGGAGCUUCUGGAAAAACAUAAGAACACGGAAAGCAUGGUAGAGCUGCUUGAACUGUAUCAAAUGGAAGAUGAAGCCUACAGUAGUCUUGCAGAAGCUACCAUGGAGCUCUACCAGUACUUACUACAGCCAUUCCGAGAUAUGAGGGAACUUGCGAUGCUUAGAAGACAGCAGAUAAAGAUCUCGAUAGAGAAUGACUACCUAGGCCCCAGAAGAAUUGAGAGUCUGCAAAAAGAAGAUGCUGAUUGGCAGAGAAAAGCCCACAUGGCUGUGCUUUCUAUUCAAGAUCUUACAGUUAAAUACUUUGAAAUAACAGCUAAAACACAGAAAGCUGUGUACGAUCGAAUGCGAGCAGACCAGAAAAAAUUUGGUAAGGCAGCAUGGGCAGCAGCAGUGGAACGUAUGGAAAAGCUUCAGUAUGCAGUUUCUAAGGAGACUUUGCAGUUGAUGCGUGCUAAAGAAAUCUGUUUGGAGCAGAAGAAACAUGCGCUGAAAGAGGAGAUGCAGAGCCUGAAAGGUGGUACAGAAGCCAUAGCCCAUUUGGACCAGUUAGAAGCUGAUUAUUAUGAUCUACAGCUUCAAUUAUAUGAAGUGCAGUUUGAGAUCUUGAAAUGUGAAGAGCUGCUGCUGACAGCACAACUUGAAAGCAUCAGAAGACUGAUGUCAGAGAAGAGAGAUGAAGUGGUAUAUUAUGACACUUAUGAAAGUAUGGAAGCCAUGCUUGAAAAAGAGGAUAUAGCAACAUCUAUACACUUGCAAAAAGAGGAGCUGCAAAAGUUACAACAAAAAAUCCGCCAGCUGGAAGCAAGGCGUGGACGUAUUUCAGCCAAGAAAGCCUACCUCAGAAAUAAGAAGGAGAUCUGUAUUGCAAAGCAUAAUGAAAAGAUCCAGCAGCAUCACCAGAGUGAGGAGGAAUAUAAAAUGCACCAUACUGUUCAGCUAAAGCGAGAUCAAUUACAAGAUGAAGAAGAAAGAAAGAGCUCCUGGGUUAGUCAGGAACGACAGAAAACACUGGACAGACUUCGCACAUUUAAACAGCGGUACCCUGGGCAAGUAAUACUUAAAUCAACCAGACUACGGCUGACUCACACCAGAAGAAAAUGUGCAGCCAGCUCAGUGUCCUGUGUCAAUCAGCCUCAAUCUUUGCCAGCAACCAUACAAAUUCAAGAGAAAAGUGAAGAGGUAGAAUUGGAAAAUGCAGUUCAGCCUUUGGAAGUGCAGGAAUCCACAAGCUUAGAACAACUUCACGAUAUCUCGUUACCUCCCAAUGGUGUUACCUCUGAACUGCCUCAUGUUAGUACUUCUCCACCCAGCAGUAAUGAGCUUCAACCAGAGACUGUUACUGUAGUACCGCUUCCACCCCCUUUGCCUCCACCACUUCCACCUCCAGCUCCACCUUUGCCCUCCAAGGAAGAUGCCACCAAAUCCUUAGAGAAAAGCGACAGCUUUGUUAAACGUCAGAGUGAGGAGAAGGGAGUCCAGCACUCUUCCGGUAUCCCGCCAGCACAUCUGUUUGACAGCAGUCAGUUAGUCAGUGCCAAGAAGAAGCUUAAGAAGACCGGUGAUCUAGAGGGUUUACAGAGGAGGAAAGUGAGUUCCCCGAUGGAUGAAGUGCUGGCUUCCUUGAAACGUGGCAGCUUUCACUUAAGGAAAGUUGAGCAGAGAAGUCUCCCUCCUUUUCCUGAUGAAGAUGAUAGCAAUAACAUCUUGGCACAGAUCAGGAAAGGGGUGAAACUGAAGAAAGUGCAGAAAGAUGUUUUGAGAGAAUCAUUUACAAUUCUGCCUGAUACUGACCCUCUGACAAGGAGCAUCCAUGAAGCAUUGCGACGAAUUAAGGAAGCAUCACCUGAAUCAGAGGAUGAAGAGGAGAGUUUGCCUUGCACAGACUGGGAAAAUUAACCUGUAAUUAACCUACAUUUUAAAAAAAAAUAUUUUUUCAACACUUUUCAUAUAACAAUAGCAGCUAAGCCUCAGGUUGUGCGUUCUAGGAGACUUAGUAUGAAUGUUAGUAAACUGACAUCGAACGUGGUAAAACAUGCACAUAUGAAUUUAGUAUUACUGAUGUUUCCAAGAAUUAAGGUUUAUAGUAAGGAAAACUUUUUUUAGGCAACAUCUUACCCUUUAAUUGUUUGAAUACUUUUGCUGAAUAUUGACAGGACUACUCCUAUAAAAAGCUGUUUUAUUUAGUGAAUUUGAAGGUACCGUUUGCAGCUUACCAAAAAGCUUUAAAAAGCUUUUAAGUAAUAAAGCAGCACAAUCACUCUUGGACACAUCUUGUACUUAUUUGCUAAUUACUUCUGGCCUUCCAAAAAUUUAGCACAUUUAUCAUUUCAGACUGAAUAGCUUCAAGUGAAGGAUGGUUAGAUUUGACUGCUGAACACAUUGAAAUCUCAUUGGUUACCCUGUGUGACUGACUCUUUGAUAGCUUGGUUUCAAUCUGUAAACUCUCUGACUUAAUUGAAUUUCCAGACUGUAAAUAGUAAAUAUACAAAUAUAAUUUAUACUUCUGCUACUCCUAUGAAUCCCAUGAACUUCCAUUAUACUAAGCUACAGUGCCUGAAAGUGCAGAUACUAGACUUCAGCUGAUGAAAUUCAUGAUUUCAGGACAAAGCAGAAAUUGGCAAGACUAGUUUUCAAAAUUAUGGCUGCAUCAGUAGCACAAAUGGAUUCUUGAUUACAACAACAGCAUACAGCACUAUUCUUCUGUGGUGGUCUUUUUCUGCUACUGGCAUGUGGAUGAACUUAAGUCUCAGUGAAAGUUCGCACUAAACUUAAAAUUUGGAGAAAAGAGAGGUAUGACAAUCUGUAAAGACUUUAAAAAUCUGUUUAGAAAUCGAAGCCUAUUUCAAGAAUACAGAAGAUAAGUAUUUAUAAUCCUUGCAACACAGCUAGCAGUAGAAAAAAGAUAACCUUUUUGGGUGUUUACAAUGAGGCAUUUCUACCCUGGUUAGUUAUUACCGUAGCUGGAGAGUGGCUAUUGAUAAAAGUGCUACAGCUGUUUAAAAAAGUGAUGGUGACUUAGCCCAUCAUCUGCUGAAUGUUGUUGUGAUUAUGAAAUACUGUGUCUCAAACUGUUCCAUUGUUAUGUUAUUUUAUAAUAAUAAUAAUAACAACAAUAAUAAUAAUAAUUUAUUAUUAUUAUUAUUGUUAUUAUUAUUGAUUUUUAAAAAGGAAAAUAAACGUUGCCUUUAUUUCCUCAUGAACUAGCCAUUGGCCACACUAAUGAUUUAAUAAUGUUUAAUUAUGGCAUGCUCCUUCUAUUCCAUACCAAAUGUACUGCUACUUUUGGAGUUGAAAAUCCAGGAGUGGAUUUUCUUGCUGAAACUCAAAGUGAAGAUAAUUUUGUUCGGAUGUAACUUUUUUCUAUACUUGCAUACUGAAAACUUCCACUACCACAGUCCUUCAGAAAUCAAGUGACAGCUAUAAGAAAAGACAUGUCUUGGAAUUGACUUGGCUUUCUCAGUGCAAUUAUUCUCAUUUCCUAGAUAACUGAGCAAAUUUAAACUUUGUGAUUUGAUUUGUGUAACUUAGUCUUUGGGAUCUUGUUUGCAAUUUUUAGCAAGAAUACACUUUAAUACUAUGGGUCAUUUAAAAAAAAAAAAAAAAAAAAAGGAAUUUUCCAAGAGUAACUUCAAAUUUUUUUAACCUAGUUGGUGGACCUUCUAAACAUUUUCCACUGGAAGUGUAUCCUCUUAAAAGUCUUACGUGUACAUUGCCAUGCAAUAUAAAUACACGUUUUCCUCUGCUAUUUUUUGCAGCUCCAUAGAAGCAGUUCAGCGUGCAGGUUGAAAAUCACUGCCAUGCAGUACCUGUAGUGCACUGGCUGUUGUCCCCUUUUUACAAGUCUACAAUUAUGGCAUCUUCCCCUUUUAGGGAUGCAUGCCUGUCAAAUGCUGAGGUCCCAUGAAAUCACUUGGACUUAAAGCAGGAUGCAGCAUCAGAGUUCUGAGUGUGUGCUCCUUGGAGUUCUUCACACAUCUGGGACCUGCUUUCUCUAACCAAUGUCAUACUUUGUUAUGAAAAAAUCCUGGUUUUAUGAGAUGAGACUAUUUAACCAGUAGUACAGAUUUGAUUGAAAAACAGUUGUACAAAAUAGCUAACAGCUCAGAAAGGAAAAACGGGCCCCUGCUAUGGAACCAUGUGAAAUAAUCUUGGAGAACAGAGAUUGAGACAAAGCCCUUGUGAAAUUCAGUUGAAUAAAUACUUUUUCAUGUAGAUGAGUGUGCUUGCUUGAACAUAUAGACUGGUUACCCAGAAUUUAUUACAUGAGUCAAAUCUGCUUAAAGUCUAUUGUAGAAAUUGCAGAAUAGUAUUUUUUAUUAUAAGGUUAUCCAUUUAAUACCAUGCUUUAAGACUGGCCUACUGAUUUUUAACUGUAAGCUCUGCACAUACAAAAACCAGUUGCGUAGAGAUUUUAGGUUGAAAACAGUUAUACAAAAGUAUAUUGGCACGUAUGUUACGAGCUAUGCUUAAUACAUAUACGUCCUUAUUAAAGGCUAAACGUAAUGCAAUCAUUUGCUCUUAGGACUGAAGGCUAAAUCUGAUAUAAUGAUGUUUUUCAAGUGCCAAAAAGUGUCUUAAUGUAUGUGCAAGGAGUAUUAACAAUGUCUACUGAAGUGGUUUUAUUAAUUAUUGAAGUUUGAAGACAAACUAAUAGUAAAUAAUUCCUGCAGGAGAUCUAGUCAUCUCUUGGAUUACCUGCUUUAUGAGUUAACUUCUACAUACAGUUAUGACUAACUUUUGUAAGAGCAGUUCCUUCCUUAUGGACAAUCUAAACUAUGUACAAAAAUGUUGAGGCAUUCUAUGUAUUGGAAGUACAGCUGAACAAGCAGUACACAGAGGCAGUAACUUCUGUAUGAAAAAUCAGAAGAUUACUGGUUAUCAGAAGUAUCCCAAGCGUGUGUGUGUGCACACACAUAAAUCAUUAUAGUACAUUAAGAGCACUCUAAGUAAUGCGAAACCUGGGUUCCUGAGAGUGGUGGACAAAGUAACAGAUAAGAAGCUAGCUUUUGGUCUCUGUAGUCUUUUAAUCCAUUAUUCUGGGACUCUUCCAAGUACGUGUUCACUGCCAGUAAUACCAGAAGGCAAAAAAAGACCUGGUCAUACUCUGUGUGUCCUGGCUCCAGAGUUAGUGUGUCAUUACCCUGGGAGCAAAGAGAAUAAAGGCUUUUGAAGACACUGCUCAAUAUUGCAUGUUGGAAUUGGCUGAUACGUUGAUCAUGGAGUAUUUGUACAGCUGUUUAGCUUUUCAGAUGUUCCUUUUUCUUUUUUCCCAAACAGGUGAUUCACAGCCACUGAUGUGAGAAAAGAAACCCCAGUUGAAGAUUACUUUUCCUCUUCAUUUCUGAAUAUUCAGAGCCAGCAGUUAUGACCAUCAAUUCCACAGGAGGCUUUCUUUGGCAAAUGAUUCAGUACAUGGAAAAAAUGGCCUGAAAUGUUAGUUUUCGGGUCACUUUUUUCUUUAAUUUGUUCAAAAAAUUCUGGUUUGGGCAGAAAGCUAAUUUGUUUAGAAGUGCAUUUUAUAUAACCAAGAAUGCCCGAUUCUUAAGCACUUUUUAUAUUUGCGUUAGUAAUAUGUGGCCAGUUAAGUGAGGGGGGCAUUUUGAGUUGGGAGAAUACUUGCUGUUAGAGUAACUUUGGGAUUCAGCCAAGACAUCAAACCAGCUAUAAAACGUCCUCUUCACUGCACUGAAUAUAUCAUCUGCUUGAAAAUCCAACUAAAUAGCUCCUUGCAGAGAAGCUUGCUGUGUAGCAGUGUGAUAUUCCAGAGAGAGCAGAAUUCCUAGUUGCACUACAGUAGCUGAAAUUCAGUAACAUGCAACUAAGACUUUUUUUCUUCUUAGUUUGAAGAAGUGUAUGUCAGUAUGAAGAGUAACAGGUGACCACAGCACAAUGAGAAAUAAGAAUUCAGUACAUAUUCAAGAAUGUGUUUGUUUCCAACAUGGUACAUUUAGCAAGACAUACUGCACACCUUCUUAGAAGGUCAUUUGUAGUCUGACACCUUUUUAAAGUAGACAUUUUCAUGCUUUUUUAAAAUCAUAUUUAGCUAUGCUAAACCAAGUUAGUUAUACUUUUAUCAUGUUACAAGAAGCAGUAUUUUGAAAUUUCAUACUUAAAUUUAUUUUUCUCUUUUGGAUUAAAAUGGCUUUUGAUUACUCUAAGCAGCCUUCUUUAAAAAAAGAUCAAAGCACUUAAACAUACUGGUAAUUCAGUUGUGAAAAUCAUGCUUCUUUUGCUGGUUUUCAUUAUUCCCUUUAGUGGCUGCAAAAAUGUUUGUAUUUCAUACCCAAAAGCCUACCAGCUGGGAAAAAACUUCCCUUUUGAUCCUGACUAUUUGUUUUUUUAAAGGAGAGUUACAGCUUCCUCUGCGGUGAAUACUUAGAAGUAAUCCUGAACUUCAUGACUAAUGGCUGCAGGCAGCUACCCUUACAAUACCAUAGUACUAAGAGGUAUGUCAGUACAGAGAUACAGGUAGCCUUGUACCAUCUAGAAACUCCAUGUGAUAUUAAAGUCAGCCCAUUACAAUUCUAGGAAAACUGAAUUUUCACUAGCCUUUUAUUUUUACUACCAUGACAUACUACAGCAUGACAUGUGUUUGAGAAAUACACAGUCCCUGUCAUUUGUGCAGUGUGGUCCAUUCACUGUUGCUCUUGUGACGGACAAACUACUAUGGGGAUUUAGUUUUUUUAAGUGGAGUUAUGCAUUGCUGUCAUGUAAUGGAACACGUACUGUGUUAAUGUUUAUAACAGGAGAUUUCACGUCUUGCCAUUUACUUAUAUAAAAAGGAACAGGAGAACUUACCUUAGUAAUAGGCUAUGUAGCCUAAAGGAACGUCAGCUCUUGGACCCUUCAGUUGUUUUGCUGUGGGUGUCCUGAAAUUAAAGCUCUGUCAAACAUCUUGAAAGGAUGUCACUUUACCCUUGCUAUCAACAGGCAUUUCCUUAACUUUGUUGCCUUAUUUAUAAAGUUAGUGAACAUUCAUUUUCAAAGCACCUGUGAGCAGUGUUACUGUGGAGUUGUAUUGAUUUUGCUUUAUUAGUCUUCAGGUCUGUAUUUUUCUGUCCCAAGAUCAGGUCUAUGAAACACAUGGCACUGGCUUUCCAAGGCCUAAAACUACCCAAUAUUUUUUUCUUAAACUGCUUCUCUGAACCCUGAAUUACAUGGUGUGGUUGCAAGCUGUCUAAUACUGUGUUCAUGGAGCAAUAACAGCAAUUUCAAAGUUCAUCAUAAUCAUCUGACAUUGCCUAUACCAUAAGCUGUGUGUAUUUUUACUCUACAUUUGUCUAUACAGUCACACCACGUUAAAAGCGAGGUAAUCAAAUAAAUUUUUGGCUGUAGCACAAAGCAGAACUAUGACGUAGAAUGGUAAUUCAGAUUAUACAGUUCAUCUGAAACUUAGUGCUAAAUUAACAGUGGUGAUGGAGCAACAUUUAUGUCCAUUUUUUCUAUUUUCCAGCCUGCAGUUUUAUUCCUUAGAUUAUGCAUAUGGGACACUAGCAAAAUUCCAAGCCGAGGAAAAAUAGUGUAAUUUAAAGUAGAGGUGCAGUGGUCCCCUUGCACAACAUUUGUGUGUACAGUUUACCGCUGUGUUGUGAUUCAUCUAAAUAGCUCCAUGCUGUACUGUACUACAGUUUUCAGAUUUGUUUGCCACAUGAUCUGUCAUCUUUGCCUUGAAAAACGCGUGCAUGAUUGAGAAAAAUUACUGUCCUUAAUCUGUUUUCUAUUUAGCCGAAAUCUUAGAUUCCUGUAAUAGUUUAGGUUAUAGAAAUGGAGUUCUCAUACAAAAUUGUAUUUUAUGUGCACGCAAAAAGUAGUUGUUAUGCUGAGCAUAGCAGUUUAUACCAGUUCAAAACUGCCAUCUUCAAUGUGGAAAGUGCAUGGGUUUUUUCCACACACUGCUAAAAAAAAAAAAUUCCUCCAUUUUAAUUCUCCAUGAGUCACUAGAUUUCACAAUUUCACGUAAUUCUGCACUUCGAUAUAAAAAUUGUGCAUAUGUAACGUACAGGCUAAUGCAUAAAACUUCCUAUCCUCUGUAAUGUGGAAUUUUGCUGUGGGAUGGCUACAGCAGCAAAUGGGGAAGGUUUAAGUAUAUUUACAAGAAACUUAGGGAAAUUAUUACAGUCCUGCAUUGAGAUUGGUUCCUCCGUAGCUGGGAAAAGCUGUGAUAAUUGUGUUGGUCCUUGAGAAAUCUUAGCAAGCAUCACUACAGAAAAACACGCAAACAUAUGCAAGGAAAGAGAGCCUCCAUAAAAAGACGUUUCUACCUAUUGAUAUUUUUCAUUUGUGUCUGGGCUUCAUUGUUGUUGCUGCAUUUUUCUGUUGCUCGUCAUUUAUCGUAAGCAGUUUGUUAGCUUUCAGGCUUUUUCCACUUCUAGAAACUUCUUUGUUCCGAUUAAAACUGUUUUAGUAUAGUAUAACUGAUCCAGGUGAAGAGUUGCAAUGUGUAAUGUUAUUGUACAAAUGCUUGUGUGAGGACUGAAAAAUCUUCCAUGAGUGGGAACAAGAAACGAAAUACUCAAUUUCUACUAAAAUAACCAAAAUGUAAGGUAAACAGCAAUAGUCUUUUGAUCAGAAAUGGAAUUUGCAUCAACAUGAUUUCAUGCUCUCAUUCACAGAUGUUCCAGAUCCUUUCCAAAUGACCAAUAGUCUUAUUCACUUCACUAUGUUUUCAUAUGUUAGUUAAGUUACCUGUCUAGGGUAGAUGAAAGCUUUUUUAUUUUUCUUAAAUAUCACUUUUAAGGUUUGGGGUGGUUUUUUUUUUGUUUUGUUUUGUUUCUUUAAAUCUGACAGUUUGCAUCCUACACCAGACACCUGUAAAAUAAAUUAGUAUGAUUAUAUAUUGUGUUCUUUUGUGGCUGCAUCAGGGAUAGAACUCAACAUGCUUCACUACAUUAUUUGUAAAGAAUCAUUUUGAAUAUAAGCACUAUAUUCUGUAAUGUUUAAUAUUAAAGUAAUGACAGGUGCAUUUUUGAAGGUGCAACUUAGUAAGGAGGCAGCAACUUCUAUUGGUUAAUGUUACCCUUACUCCAUUUGUUGCACUGAAUUUCAGGAGUGUAAUUUGUAAACCAAGUUUGCUCACAUGUGUGUAAUCAGAUUUUAUUUUCAUUGUAAUGCUUAUGUAAUUAAAUUAUCUGGAUAUAUUUCUGGUAAUGAUUCCAUAAGCAUGGACCAUAUGUUGUUAUGUUUAGCACUAUGGAAUUAAUGUUAAGAACAAGCAAAGCUUCUUGCAAAGAAAAGGAGUAAACAGAAGCACCUUACUGGGAGAGCACAUUGCAUGAUUUCAGUGCUACUGGAGCUGACGGACAGUAGGUCAUCCUAAACUUGACUGCAGAUCGCUCUUUGGUGUACUAGCACAUUGACAUACUGCUAUCAGUGCUGUAAAAAGUACAGCCAUGGCUAUUUUUAACCUAUAAAUAUACUGUAAUUUAAAUUUUUCCUAAAAAAUGAAUUUAUAUUUAAUUGCUGCCUAAUACAUAAAUACUUAAAAUUAGGAUUUUUAGAAGGGUCAAGGGUGGGUGGGCAUGCGAGUAUAUUUUUGGGAGGGUUGUUGUAUAUACAGUUCUUUGCACUUCCCAUUCACUUUGACUGUUAAUCCGAAACUCCCAGCUCUGACUGUGGUGAAUCUGCAACCUGACAUUUACGUAUUUUUAUUGUGAUUCAGGUCUUCUAUAUUCUGUGGCCCAGAGCUUCAGAAUUUGACAGAAAAGGUCAUCUUUCCAUUCUCAAAUGUGAAUGCUCUGAUGUACCUCUAAUAUGGAAAAUGACCAAGCAGUGAAUUUUACUCUGCUGAGUUUCUAAUAUUGAUGUAGAGUAUUAUCUAAAGCUGAUAUCUAAGACUAUUAACCAGUAGUGUGUCUGUUUGGAACAAGUAAAAAGGAUGGUGGCUGUUUUGGUGAGUAUAGCCCAAACUCUGCAGAGAUUUUAUUCCAGAGACUGUCACCUAUUCAGUAAUUAGUUUGCCAUAGACAGGUGCAAUUUUCACAUUUAGAAAAGUAUUUUUGAUUUCUGAAUUGGGAAAUAGGUGUUGGGGAUUAGGGAUACUCACUUAACAUCUCCCAGUGUGUUACUGUGGUUGCUAUAUGUUUUAAAUUUCAUCUUAAAUACAUACAAAUACAUCAUCAUAAGAUGAAAGCUUAAGAUAUACAGAUUGCUGCAGGUUGUCUUGCAUGAGUGAAGCCAGUGAAGUUUAAUGAAACUAACUUCUUUGUUAAGCCUGUGUUGAAUAAAUAAGAAUAAUCAAAAGAAAACCAACUUGCCAUUCACUAGCUUUGUGCAAUAUUAUCAGUAGACUCAAACACUACUAGGACGUUGUGCUUGGCUUUAAGGUUCUUUAACUCCAUUAUACUCAAAAGGACAUAUUAAAUACAUUUUUUAUUGUAAACGACUCUGCAAAUUUACUAUGCCUAAAAAUGCUCCAUGUUAUAAAGUAACAAGUAUGUUUAAAAAAAAAGGUAAAAAACUAAACAAACAUUUCUAGCAAUACCUAAAACUAAAAAAAGUUUUUAACUGUCUGCUUUUUGCUUUUUUCUUUAGUGCACCUUUUCUGCAAUGCAAGUUUCUUGCUGUGUAUUUUGUGUUUUUUAUUAUCAUGAGUCAGGAAUUUAAACCUGUACACAAAAGUACUGCACUCACCUUCUUGUCCAUGCAAUGUAACAUCAUACUCACAGUUUUGGUGCUUUAAAAUGAUUCCUUUUUUCUUUAUUAAAGGAUAUUUAUUUGA